AUUCCUUUCAUAAUUUUUCUCUCUCCUCCUAAAAGUUCAACCUUCACUUUCUCUUCCUCUUUCUCUUUCUACUCCUUCUUCUCACUGCUCACACUUCUCACCUUGCUUCAUUGCAAAUCCCUCUUCCCUCUCCAUGCCCUUUUUUUUCUUCAAUAUAAAUGUGUAUUAGGUGGUAGAUGAUGAUGAUGAAACUUCAAAAUCAGUUAAACGGUGUAGAGGGUUUAGAACAAAGAAGGAGAGAAAGUAUGGUGGGUCCCAGAUCAAAUGGAAUUCGUCCAAGGCAAGCUUUUUCCGCCAUUAAUGGCCGCCGUGAAUCUUUUCCGGCCAGUGCACCACCAAGUGCACCUGGUAGCAAUGCAGGUUCUGAUGUUGGUGGAUUUGAUUUUACUAAAGAAGAUGUUGAGAUGUUGUUGUCUGAGAGGAUGAAAACCAAGAAUAAGUUUAAUUAUAAGGAGAGGUGUGAACAAAUGAUGGAUUACAUAAGAAGACUUCGGCUUUGUAUUAGAUGGUUUCAAGAGGUUGAAGGAGGAUAUCUCAUAGAGCAAGAAAAUCUCCGUCAAUUGCUGCUAGAAGCCGAGAUAAAGUGCUCGGAGAUAGAGAUGUUGAUGCAAAACAAGGAGGAAGAAUUGAACUCCAUUAUCAUGGAGUUGAGAAAGAACUACAACUUGUUGCAAGAUAAAUGUGCAAAAGAAGAAUCCGAUAAGUUGGCUGUAAUGGAUGACUUGUCAAGAGAGAAAGAGGCCAGGAUAGCUGCAGAGAAGUUACAAUCUUCUUUAUCGGAUGACCUUGAAAAAGCCCGUCAAGAGCAGCAGACAUCCAGUCAAAAGAUAGCUUCACUUAACGACAUGUACAAGAGAUUACAAGAAUACAACACGAGUUUGCAGCAGUACAACAGCAAACUUCAAACAGAACUUUCUACAGCUAAUGAGACCUUAAAACGGGUUGAGAGUGAAAAAGCGGCUGUGGCCGAAAACCUCAGCAGCUUGAAGGGACAAUGCUCUUCGUUGCAGGAUCAAUUGACGUCAUCAAGGGCAUCUCAAGAAGAGGCUGUCAAGCAAAAGGAGGGAUUAAUUAAUGAAGUGGGAUGUCUUAGGACAGAGCUACAGCAGGCUAGAGAUGAUCGUGAUCGUCAGUUGUCACAAGUUCACACUUUGACAGAUGAAGUAGCCAAAUACAAAGAUUUCACGGGAAAAUCUGUGUCCGAGCUGGGUUGCCUUACAGUGAAGUCUAACGAAUUAGAGGCCAAGUGUUCUACACAGAAUGAGCUAGUUAAAACCUUACAAGAUCAGUUGGCAGCAGCGCACAAAAAGUUGCAGAUGAGCGAUUUAUCUGCAAUGGAGACAAGAAAACACUUUGAAGAGCAAAACAUGACUAUUUGUGACUUGCGAAAUCGUUUGGCGGAUGCAGAAGUGAAACUUGUUGAGGGAGAAAAAUUGCGCAAAAAGUUGCACAAUACCAUAUUGGAACUCAAGGGAAAUAUCCGUGUUUUCUGCAGAGUACGACCAUUAUUACCUGAUGAAGGCUCUACAACAGAUAGUAAAGUCAUCGCUUUUCCUACAUCCAUGGAAGCCAUGGGACGGGGAGUUGAUUUAUUGCAAAAUGGCCAGAAGCAUUCCUUUAUGUUUGACAAAGUAUUUAUACCGGAUGCUUCUCAAGAAGAUGUAUUUGUGGAGAUAUCACAGCUUGUUCAGAGUGCACUUGAUGGCUAUAAGGUCUGCAUUUUUGCCUAUGGUCAAACUGGAUCAGGUAAAACAUUUACAAUGAUGGGCAGUCCUGGAAACCCUGAGAAGAAGGGAUUGAUUCCUCGCUCAUUAGAGCAGAUCUUCGAGACAAGGCAGUCUCUCAAAGCGCAAGGUUGGAAAUAUGACCUGCAGGUGUCUAUGUUGGAAAUCUACAAUGAGACCAUCCGCGAUUUAUUAUCUACUAGUAAUGGUGCUGCUGGAAAGCAGUACACUAUCAAACACGAUGCCAAUGGCAAUACCCACGUCUCUGAUCUUACCAUAGUCGAUGUUCGGAGUUCUAAAGAGGUCGCAUAUUUGUUGGAUAAGGCCGCUCAAAGCAGAUCCGUGGGUAAGACCCUAAUGAAUGAGCAAUCAUCACGCAGUCAUUUUGUGUUCACUUUACGUAUAUCUGGUGUUAAUGAGAGUACCGAGCAACAGGUACAAGGUGUGCUUAACCUGAUUGAUCUUGCUGGAAGUGAGCGUCUUUCAAAGAGCGGGUCUACCGGUGAUCGAUUGAAAGAAACUCAGGCCAUCAAUAAGAGCUUAUCCUCCCUUAGUGACGUUAUAUUUGCUUUGGCGAAAAGGGAAGACCAUGUACCAUUUAGAAACUCCAAGCUGACAUAUCUCCUACAUCCUUGCCUUGGUGGGGACUCCAAGACCUUGAUGUUUGUUAACAUCUCCCCUGAAACCUCCUCAUUGGGCGAGUCAUUAUGUUCGCUCCGAUUUGCGGCCAGGGUUAAUGCUUGUGAGAUUGGUAUCCCUCGGCGCCAGACUAACAUGCGAUCCUAUGAAUCUCGUAUAAGCUACGGCUAAGUCUUUUAUCGGAAGAUGAGCUUUAUACCUGUGUAUUUUAUAUCUUUGAUUGGCUAAUCAUCACGACUUCAGCAGAAAAUAAAGACUAAAGAACAAGGAACGAAGAACAACGAGAAAGAAUGACCGAUUGAUACGUCUAACUUAGGUAAGGAAUGAUUUUGUAUAGUUUCGUGUUUCCCACGACUUGGGUUUGGCUUUUCCCAGUUGAGCUAUCCACAUUGUUGUAUUAAUGAUCUAUGCAUACACAAAACAUUACACUGAGGUUGAUAUUUUUUAAACUUUUAUCCUCAUUGUAUUUAUAAUUCUAAUUCUUUUGUGAAUCUAUCUUGUAUUUCUUUCUGAGUUGCAACAAGAUUGUGUUAGAGCAAGAUCGUUCCGUUUUACCCCAUCUUGAAGCUACAGGGUAGGCUGAUGGAAGAGCAUGGUCAGUUGAGAAUUGAACUCAGUACGUAGGACAACAAAGUGGUACUUGUUUCAAUUGAGACACGAUUUGAUUCUCUAAAUCAAUAAUGAAAUGUACUUGUAACCUAUAGAAUUUACAUAAUACAUCAUUUUGAGUUUGCAAAUCUCAUGGAGCAUAAUGCAUCCUAAGGUAAAGGUUUUGCUCGAACUGAUCUAUUAAUAUAGUAUUAGAAGCCAACAUAAAGUCUUGGAUUAAAAUCACCUUGCUUAAUACACCAUAGUAGUUUCAAUUUGAAGGCUGUUAUUUGUAAAAACAACUUUGAGGCUG